AUGUCUAAAUUGUGGAACUUCCGGGGACCAUUCGUAGCUCCUCGUCCAUCCUUACCACUAUGGAUGAUUGCCCUUAUUGUGUUUGGAGUGCUGGCAAUCCUUGGAAUAACUAUUGGUCUCUUGGUUCACUUUCUGGCAGUAGAAAACAGGAUCUACUACUACCAAGGUAGCUUUAAAGCGCUGAAUAUCCCAUAUAAUAGAAAUUAUGAAAGGGAGACAUCACCAGAAAACAACUAUCUCAGCAAAAUUCUUGAGACUAGGAUGGUUGAUGCAUUUCAGAGUUCUAACAUUUACAGGCAAUAUAUCAAUUCUCAAGUCAUCACACUGAUUCCUGAUAACACUAGUGUGACAGCACAUAUAUGGCUGAUAUUCAAGGCUCCCAGAUCAAUGAAGGACAACACAAGAGGAAGAAUUGAAAACAUUUUACGUCAAAUGCUGAGGAACCACUCAGGAUCCUUGACUACAGAUCCUAAUUCUCUGAGGCUCAUGGAAAUCAGUAAGGCCAAUGCUGAAAAAAUUAUCAACAACCGCUGUGGGAGACGUGCAAGGAUGUCAGCUACGUAUGACAGAAUCAAGGGAGGUUCCGUUGCUCAGGAAGGAGAAUGGCCCUGGCAAGCAAGCCUUAAAAUGAAUGGGAAACACUAUUGUGGGGCAUCACUGAUCAGUGAACGAUACCUGGUGACUGCGGCUCACUGCUUUCAAAAGACAAACAGUCCAAGAAACUAUACUGUCAGCUUUGGCACUAAAGUAAUUCCUCCCUAUAUGCAACAUCGUGUUCAACAAAUUAUUAUACAUGAAGACUAUACCCCGCGAGAACAUCAUGAUGAUAUUGCAGUGAUACUGCUCACUGAAAAAGUCUUAUUUACAAAUGAUGUACAUCGAGUUUGUCUUCCUGAAGCUACAGAGGUUUUUCCACCAGGUGAAGGAGUUGUUGUUACAGGAUGGGGAGCACUUUUAUAUGAUGGUGAAUACCCAGUGUCCCUUCAAAAAGCAUCUGUGAAGAUCAUUGACACAAACACUUGCAAUGCUAAAGAAGCCUAUGAUGGUGUGGUACUGGACACAAUGCUGUGUGCAGGGUACAUGGAAGGACAUAUUGAUGCCUGCCAGGGUGACUCUGGAGGACCACUAGUUCAUCCCAAUUCUCGUAAUAUCUGGUACCUUGCUGGAGUAGUGAGCUGGGGAACUGAAUGUGGGACAAUCAAUAGGCCAGGGGUUUAUACGCGAGUGACGGCCUACCGCAAGUGGAUUGCCUCCAAGACUGGUAUCUAA